AUGGUGCUGCUGGCCGGGCCCGGGCCGGAGGGCGGCGGGGCGCGCCGCGUGUCCCCGCAGUCGCCGUCCCCACCCCGGGACGCGCAGGCCGGGGAGGACCCAGCUGACUUCGAGGAGUACGAGGACUUCUCGAGUCUGCCCGACACCCGCAGCAUCGCCUCGGACGACUCCUUCUACCCUUUUGGAGGCGAGGAGGAGUACAGCUCCGUGAGCGCGGAGAGCGUCCCGGAGGCCGUCCCGGAGGCGGCGACCCUCCUGCGCGCCGCCUGCGCCAACGAUGUGGGGCUGCUGAGGGCGCUGAUGCGGCGGGGGCCCAGCGCCGAGGAGGUGCAGGAGACCGACCGCAACGGCCGGACCGGCCUCAUUGUCGCCUGCUACCACGGCUUUGUGGAUACUGUGGUGGUCUUAGCAGACUGCCCCCACGUUGACGUCAACUGGCAGGACAGCGAGGGCAACACGGCCCUAAUCACGGCUGCACAGGCAGUACUUUCCUUUGUGACAAGUCCUUUGUUGAAUGACUGCCCCCACGUUGACGUCAACUGGCAGGACAGCGAGGGCAACACGGCCCUAAUCACGGCUGCACAGGCAGGUAAGACCCAGUGCAUAUCAGCUCUUCUCUUACCUUGGGCAGAUGUCCACGCCAGGGACCCUCACCGCGGGCUGUCGUCCCAGGAGUGGGCUACUUACACGGGACGGUUUGAAGCGGUCCACGUCAUCCAGAGGCUGCUGGAGCGACCCUGCCCAGAGCAGUUUGGGGAAAAGUACAAGCCAGAGCUGCCGCUGGCCCCCGAGGCGGGUCCGAAGGCCGCGGGCUCCAAGAACUGCCUGCAGAGGCUCACCGGGCUUGUGCGGUCCUUGCUGACCUCCCGCUUGCGCCCGGGCCUGGAGGAUGGGGGCGUCCUGGACCACAUGGUCAGGAUGACCACGAGCCUCUACAGCCCCGCCGUGGCCGUCGUCUGCCAGACCAUGUGCCCCGAGAACCCCCCCUGUGUGGGGAGAAGGCGGCUGGCCGUGCAGGAAAUCCUGGCGGCACGGGGGGACCCGGGCACGCAAGCCCAAGAGAGGGACAGAGCGGAGGGCACCGAGCGGCGGCUCCGGCCCUCCCCGGCCGCAGGGGUCUCCAGAGAGGGGGCCCCCAGGGCCAGCUCCACGUCUUCCCAGCUGCCAGCCGCCCCGCGGAAGGCCAGCCUGCUGUCCCUGCAGCUGCUGCGGCCGGGCGCGCGCACCCCCAAGGUGCACGUCAGCAAGGCGCCCGCGCCCGCCUCCCGGCCCGAGCGGGCGGCCAAGGGCAGCGCCGAGGACAGCACCCACCUGCAGCUCCCCAAGUGGCGGUACAAGGAGGCCAAGGAGGAGCGAAGGAAGGCGGAAGAGGCAGAGAAGCAGCGGCUGGCCAGGGCACAGAAGGAGAAGCGGGCACCGUCCUGGAGGAAGAGGACGUGA